AUGGCUGCCAGGGGAAGGUCGCAAAUCACGCUGUGUCUCCCGAUCGUGUGGUACUGGUCAACCGUCGCUGCUACUGCCACCGACGCAUCAGGUGGGUUAUUCGAUCCAACACCUGCUCCCUUAGUGCCCACCGAGGAUUGUUACCCAGAGGAUGUCUGGCGCCUUCAGGGUUGGGCGGAUUAUAACCACGUGUUUGAGCGGUGUGGCCCCGAACUCGUCUGCCAGAAGGACCUGCGGAGGUGCGAGAAGUUCUGUAACGUCGAUGAAGAGUGUGAGGGCUUUCCGCACCGCGUUUGCGAUGGCACAGACUUCAGAUGCAAACACGGGAGCCUGUUCAAGGGCAGUGUAGGUGCAGAUGUUGGGGCAGCGUUCCUUUUUUCUUUCAUCAGUGGUUUAGCUCUGAGCGCAGGUAUUGGUGGUGGUGGUCUCUACGUGCCACUGCUGAUGGUUAUAUUGGGCUUCACUGUUCGUGAAGCCACUGGGCUAUCACAAGCUUGCUUGUCAGGUGGCUCCGCAUCUGCAUUGUUGUAUAACUUGCGCCAGAGGCAUCCGUCCGGCAAGAAGCCCAUGAUUGAUUAUACUUUGGUCCUGAUUAUGGGCCCAUGCCUCCUCAUUGGUGCACUGAUUGGCAGUUCGCUGAACCCGGUCGCACCAUCAUGGCUCAUCCUUGCAUUACUUAUGAUAGUCCUUUCACACUCUGCGUGGAAGGCUUUCGGCAAAGCCGUUACGACGUUCCGCAAGGAGCAGGCUGGCGAGGUCCGUGGCAUGGCAGCAGCGGGAGAUGCUCGGCUAUCCAAGAACUUCAUUGCACGGUGUAUCCAUCUUUUCAGUGGUAAGCCUUAUCCAGAGCACCAAGAUCAACAUGGUGAGCCGCCUGGAGUUGUCGUUGGGCGACCCGCUGAGGACGACUCCUCUGUCCGCAGUGCCGGUGCCGCUGGAAAUGCGGCGACCCAAGAAGCAGCCGCAGCUUACGUUGUGGGCAAGCCUGUUGCAGCUGGCAGCGCUACUGAAGCUUCAGGGGAGAAGGCAGCUGCUGGCCAGGUGCUUGGGCCAAUGGAUGCCGAAAAAGCUGAUAUCGGCCGAAAUGCCCAGUUGUCGCGCCCCAGUGGGGGGAGGAGUUCAAGCUCUGCUGCAGCUGAUGCUCAGCCAGCAACAACGCUUGACGCAGCGGCUGGCCCAUCAAGCAUCCACGUUGACCUCGGUGCAAAUGAUCCAUCCCAGCAGGCCCCGGCUUCGAACUCUGCGUCCAUUACUGGUGUCGCCAUGGCUGCAGAUGCAGGUGCACAGCGGCAGUACCCCAGGAGGAAGCUCAUGGGCUUUGCAAGCAUGUGGCUGAUCACAGCGCUCGGCAUCCUUGCAAGGGGCGGCAGAGAUACGAGCACGAUUGUCACUAUUGCUCUGUAUGGUAUUGGCUGA